AUGAGACAUCGAACGGGUUCCGGGGACGAGAUCUUACCGACAUCCAAUCACCACGGAGCUGAGCGCCCCGAAAAGAGACAAAGUGGUCUGAUGUCAAAGAUCGCAGAUUUCGUGCGAGAGUUUGGACUAGACUGGGCCACUAUUCUCAUGAUUGGUAUUGUCGCUCUGAUGAUCGAUAAAUACGUUCCAGAUGUCGGUGGAAAGGCGAGGUAUUUUCGUUUGCUUCCUGGAGAAAGCACAUCUCCUCAGAUGGAAGCAUUUGGCCACCCAUAUCGAAAGCAAAUCAUCACAUUCUGGACGAGUGCAGGCCUUGAUGUUGGAAUACCGGCCUUGUUUAUCUCGGUUCUUGAGAUUUUUAAAACCUUGGCUGGAGGGUAUCGACCUAGCUGGUUUGAGAUUUGCAAACCGCAACCGGACGGCCCUGGAGUUGGAUUCGACGGAACUUGGUACAAGUGGACCAUUUGCACGGGGGACCAAGAAAAAAUAAAUUGGGCCUUAGAGAGCUUUCCGAGUGGUCACGUUGCGACUUCAUUUGCUGCCGCGGUGUUUUUAUCACUCUACAUCAAUGCGAAGCUCAAAAUCUUUUCGGAUUACCGUGUUAAUCCCAUCAUAAUGGUUCUGUUUUUAACACCACUGACCCUGGCUGUCCUGAUGGGUGGGGCUAUCUCGGCUGAUAUGUCACAUCAUUCAUACGACAUUGUUGGUGGCGCUAUACUGGGAACCUUUGUGGCUUUUCUAACCUUCAGAAGUUUUUAUGUAUCAAUUUUUGAUCCGAGGACUAAUCACAUCGGGCUGCGGCCAUCACGCCGCUUUCAGCAUAGGCCCGAAGUCGAUUAUUGCGAAUAUCAAACUCGAGCUGGGUUCCCGGUCUUCUCAUACAACUAUCAUAAAGUCUAA